AUGAAUGCAACAUUUGUUAUAAUUGGAGGUGGAAUAGCAGGUGUAUCAUGUGCUGAAAGUCUUGCAUUUUUAUCACCCGAAGAAAAUAUAAUUCUCAUAAGUUCAUCAUCACUUAUAAAAACAGUAACAAAUAUUAUUCCACUUGGUAAAACAAUAUAUAAGUUUGACGUUGAAGAAAAUCAAUCAUCAACAUUAGAAUCGAAAUAUUCAUCAAUCAAAGUUAUUAAUGACAAAGUUAUUAAUGUUGAUCCAAUAAAUAUGACAAUAAAUACAUCAACUGGUAUAAUAAUAAAUUAUAAAAAAUUAUGUAUUUGUACUGGUGCAAAAGCAAAUGUUUUAUUUGAAAAUAAAAAUCCAAAUAUUAUUGGAAUUCGUGAUACAGAAUCUGUUGAUAAAUUUUCAAAUAAAAUUAAAAAUGCUAAAAAAAUUAUUGUCAUUGGUAAUGGUGGUAUUGCAACUGAAUUAAUUCAUGAAAUUUCAAAUGUUGAUAUUAUUUGGGUUAUUAAAGAUAAACAUAUAUCAGCAACAUUUAUUGAUCCAGGUGCUGCUGAAUUUUUUCAAAAUAAAUUAACAAAACAACCAGAUAAAAAAAGCAAUAAUAAAAUUUUAAAACGUUACAAAUAUACUGAUACACAAAUUAAUCAUGAUGAUAAUAAAAUUGGAGCUGCACUUGGUCCAGAUUGGCAUGAAAAAUUUACAAUAAAUGGUUCAAAUGAUAAUUUAAAAAAUGUUAAAAUUGAAUAUGAAUGUGAAGUAUUAAGGCUAUUAUCAAAUGAUGAUAUUGAUAAAUUAAAUGAUGAUAAUAAAUGGCCAGUUUAUAUUGAAUUAACAAAUGGAAAAAUAAUUGGUUGUGAUUUUAUUGUUUCUGCAACUGGUGUUGUACCAAAUACUGAUCUAUCUGGUAUUGAUAAUAUUGAAAAAAUAAAUAAUGGCUAUUCGGUUGAUUGGAAACUUGAAACAUCAAUUAAAAAUAUAUUUGCUGCUGGUGAUUGUUGUACAGCUAAUUGGGAUAUAUCACAACAUUGGAUACAAAUGAAAUUAUGGACACAAGCACAUCAAAUGGGUAGAUAUGCAGCUAAAUCAAUGUAUUCAUUAAAUAAUUGUGAUGAUUUUUAUCAAGAUUUUUGUUUUGAGCUAUUUACACAUGUUACUAAAUUUUUUGGCUAUAAAGUUGUUCUUCUUGGUCUUUAUAAUGGACAAAAAUUAAAUAAUGAUUAUGAAAUAUUACUUAGAAUGACUAAGGACAUUGAAUAUAUUAAAUUAAUUAUUAAAAAUGGUAAAAUGCAAGGUGCUGUGCUAAUUGGUGAUACUGAUCUUGAAGAAAUGUGUGAAAAUCUUAUUCUUGAUCAACUUGAUUUAUCAGCUUAUGGUGAACAACUUCUUGAUCCUGAUAUUGACAUUGAAGAUUAUUUUGAUUAA